AUGGCGCCGCGCUUUGCAGCCAAUCUGAGCUUUCUCUUUACAGAGCUGCCUUUCUUGGAGCGAUUCCGGGCCGCAGCCGAACAUGGCUUCCGAGCUGUCGAGUUUGCCUGGGAGCACUAUGAGCUUGAUCCCGCCGCUGUUCGCACCGCUCUCCAAACUGCCAAUCUCACGUGCGCCCUCAUCAACACGCCCAAGACCAACGCUGGCGAAGCCGGCUGUGCCGCCCAUCCGGCCAAGAAGCAAGAGUUUGCGCAGGGUCUUCAACGCGCCCUGGAGUACUGCAAGGCCCUUGAUUGCUCCAAGUUGCACAUCAUGAGUGGGCCCCGGGUAGCAGGUGCUGAUUUGGCAGAGCAAACGGCUGUCAUGGCUGAAAACCUGGCAAUGGCAACUACUUUGGCAGCCGAGGCCAACGUGGUUUUGACGCUUGAACCAAUCUGCCCAGCGGCCAUGGCUGAUUAUUUCCUGCAGCACGUUGACCAAGCCCUCGAUUUGAUUGCGCGUGUGGGACGCCCGAAUCUGAAAUAUCAAUUUGAUGUAUACCAUGCACAACUCACGCACGGCAACUUGACGGAGACGCUACGCCGAACGCGAGAGGUGUUGGGCCAUGUGCAAGUGUCGCAGCUUCCGGGUCGCCAUGAGCCAGUGACCGCAGACGGCGAGGUCAACCUUGACCAUCUCUAUCGCACGUUGGACGAGCUAGGCUAUCAAGGCUACAUUGGCGCCGAAUACCGACCUCGUCAACGCACCGAAGACAACCUUGCCUGGCUCACCGCUGUCUGA